UACGAGUAAUAAUUUGAUAUUUAACCAUUAUAUUCCAACAAGAACCUACCUGAUAAAUUAUAUUAUUAUAAAUUUAUGUCUAAAUUAUUAAUAGCGGUCAAAGUAGUUUAUGGAAAUAAUUAAAAUGAGAAACGUAUAUUAAUUUUGGAAUAGAAGAAGCACGUAUUAUGUUCACAAUAAAUAAAUAAAAUAAAAUUAGGAGUAUUAUGAAUAUAUGAUUUGAUUGACAUGGACCCAAUAACUAUCAAUACAAAACUAAAAAAUACAAAGUAUUUUUUUUUAAAAAAAAAAUACCAAGGGUCCGUUCAAAUACGAUUAUUUUCAAUUCAGUUCAGCUCUAAUAAAUUCAGUUUUGUUCAGCUCAGCUCUAAUAAGUUCAGUUUAGUUCACUUCAAUUCAGCUAAAUUGAGUUAAUGAGAACAGACCCCAAGUACAAAAUUACAAAUCAAUAUUUAUUUCGUCCUUAUAUUCAAGCCUAUUCGGAGUUUCUUUAUUAACAGGUUUUAAAGAAAUUAAUUAGGUGUACAAGUUUUUCGGGCCAAUUUUAAAUCAGGUAAAAAAAACAAUUAAAAUUGCGUAAAAUUAAUUUCCCAAACCCAUCCGAUUUUUUAAAAAAUCUAGCCGGGCCCAACAUGAAUUCAGGCCAAAAAAAAAUGCCAAAGCCCGCCCGCAUGCCAAAUUUGGGCCGCCCAUUGGGCCGGUCCCAACUUCAUCGGGUCUAGUAAUUUUGCUUUAAGACAGGGAAAGUACAUUAGAUGGACAAUAGUCAAAGUGAAUAAAAAAAUAAAUACUUGGUACUCCAUAAAGUUAAGUAGAAUUUAAAAAAUAAAUAAUUGGUCCAUCUCCGCGUGAAUCUCGAGAUUAUCUGAACUCUGUUGCUAAUUGCUAUCGGUUGGGUUGAUGAACUCUGUUACUAAAGUGAUUAGCCAUUAAUCAAAAUAUAAUGGUGAGGUUUUUGAAAAUCUCACCUUUCAAUCCAACUAUAUUACUUCUAGUAGUAUUUACCCUUGUCAUCAUUCAAGAAUUACCAUGUUCUACUGUGUACUGCUUUACCAUUCAUGAUUUCCCUCCUAAUUUCAUUUUCGGGCCCGGCUCUUCUGCCUUUCAGGGGAAGAGAAUGUUUAUUUUAUGGAGAGAGCUUGUGAUCAGUAUCAUAAAUACAAGGAAUUCAGCCGCAUGUGGUGUUAUUGCAUAUGGACACGCCACAAGCACUAGAAGAUGACUAUGGAUCAUGGAUUAAUCAGCAAAUUGUGAAAGACUUCACAGCUUAUGCAGAUGUGUGUUUUAGAGAAUUCGGGGAUCGUGUUUUACAUUGGACUACAUUCAAUGAGCCCAAUAUUGCAUUAUUAACAGGCUAUGAUCAAGGGAUUAUUCCUCCUAAAAGAUGUUCUCCUCCAUUUGGCUCUUGUACCAGAGGCAACUCCACAAUCGAGCCAUAUAUUGCAGUUCACAACACAUUGCUGGCACAUGCAACUGUGGUUGAUUUGUAUAGGAAAAAAAUAUCAGGGAAAACAACAUGGAUACAUAGGUAUAAAUGUCUUCGCCAAUUGGCUUGUUCCUGAAACAGACACAAAAGAAGAUAUACUUGCAACUCAUAUAAGCAGCAAGUUCCUUGUUGGUUGGAUUUUAGAUCCCUUGGUGUUUGGGGACUAUCCAGAUAUAAUGAAGGAACAUGCUGGCAGCCGACUUCCCUCCUUCACAAAAUAUCAAUCAAAACUCGUAAAGCAAUCAUUUGACUUCAUUGCAUUGAAUUCUUAUGGUUCAUUAGUUGUCAAAGACAAUCCUAGUAUCCUCUUGAUUCAGCCAAGAGAUGUUGCAGCAGAUAGUGGAGUUGGAUCUCACUAUGGGGAUCAUAAUGAAGAGGCACUUGAACAUGUACUCGAAUUUGUCAAACAGGAGUAUGGAAAUCCUCCUAUAUAUAUACAUGAAAGUGGAUAUCGGAUGUAUCAUAAUUCAUCAUUGUUCGACAAACCAAGAGUUGAAUUCUUAAAUGCCUCAAUCGGAAGCAUGCUGAAUGCUGCAAGGAAUGGAUCAAACGUAAGAGGAUACUUCGUAUGGUCAUUCAUUGACACACUAGAUAUGGCGGGAUUGGAAGACUGGGUCUACGGAUUGUACUACAUGGAUUAUAGAGAUCCUGAUCUAAGAAGAUACCCCAAAUUCUCCUCGUAUUGGUAUACUGCAUUUUUGAAAGGAAAAAGCUUCCCUUAUGAUGGUGAUUUUAUAGAAAAAUUUCGGAACUCAACCAAUGUCUUGGAACCCCUUGAUUACAGUUAGAAAUGGCGCUCAUUCGUGUAUUAGUAUACUUCUGUGGUUCUGUAUAUCAGUAUAUGGAGUGAUAGCUGUUUGAAAUUGCUAUUACAAUAAAUAAUUAUACUUAAAUCUGGAUCGGACUUUGUAACUUAACGUAGUUCGAUCAAUAUAUACUACGUAUAAAAGCUUUACAUAACUUUGGCUGAUUAAAUGUACUUUAUA